GGCAGCCCUACAAUGCACCUCCCUAAAAAAAUCAAUGCAUUACAAUACAUUGGAAAUACAAUACAGAACUAGUAUGUAGCAUGCAUCUAGCUGAAAGAGGCAGCCUAGUGCAUCCCAGAAUGUUCUGUGUUCACAUUCAUAUUCAGCAUAGCCAAACCGCAUUGUAGCCUCAUCUCCGGUGGCCUGUAUUCAUAAACUACUCAUACAACAGGCUACACCAUUGCACAUUUGAGAUUUGUCUGUAAUCAAAAUAAACUUCUAACUUUUAAAAUAAAUUGUGAAUCCAAAUGAGCAUUGUUCUCAGGCCUCAAACCUUCUAGCCCUAUGUGGUUAAUGUGAGUGGCAUAGCCUAUGUGAUGUCAGUAUUGUAAGCUAACCUAUAGGCCUUUUUCUACAUGUAUUCUGUUCUAUGUUGUCUGAUUUAGUAUUGAGUGUGGAAGUGACAGGUUCCCUACAAUAUUCACUGGAAGUUUUGAUUUGUUUUACGCUGCUUUUACUGUGAAAUGCCUAUCGUCACAUCCGUAUCACGUGACUUAGAUAAUAACAAAUAGAUCCCAACUAAGCUUUAUUCUCUGUCACAUAUCUAAGAACACUUAAUCAGAUGCAUAAUAGAUUGUUUAUGGGCGUGUUAAUACAAACCUAUUUGGUGUAAGACAGAGUGGUUUAGACGCAGUCAUUUCUUUCAAUUCAGUCUCUGCCCGGAAGUAAUCAGUGUUUACAACCCCUCCAUUAAAAUCACUGGUCCACGUCGGGGGUAGGCUAAAUCGCUGUUGCAAGUCACUAUGGAUGUUGUUUUGUAACUAAAUAUUGAAACGGCUAUAACCCUUAGGGGAAAUAAGGGAGAAACUAUUUAAGAGACAUAUACAUUCAUGCAAAAUCGUUUGGAAAAUGUCAAACUGUGGUACUUACCAGACUCAAAUAGCAUCUAUUAUGGACGUCCUCGCUAAGGCAGCGGUGGCCGAAAUCAGUAAAGUGGUUGAGGAUGCCGUCGUCGUUUUACGUUUAGAAACGUGCCAACGACAGAACGAAAUCGAAGCCUUGAAGAGAAAUUUGGAAGUUGUUUCCAACGAGCUGCGUGCAACACGAAGAGCUCUUGUGCGAGAAUGUAUCAAUGGGCGAUCGGUAGAUUUCCAAGUACGCGAUCAACCUGUCAUCAACCGAGAUUGUGGGCGGAAAGGUGUGAGCGUGGAGGAGAACAGGUGUGUUGAGGUGGAGUGCCAUAGCGAAGGACCGACUGAGGAGGAGAAAAACGCCUCAUUCAGGGUGACGGUGAAGGUCGAGAGAGAGGAUGAACGUGGAAAUCAGGGGACUCGUGAGAGCACAGCAGGUGGAGCGAUUGGGAACAGCAAGCUUGUGGUGACAGGUGAAGAACGUAGUCACAGCUGGCCAGCCGAUGAGGACACUAACAAUGAGGAUGCAAACAUGCGUACUAUGGAUGACCCCUCACCCCCUCAGACUCGCACCGACGCCCUCCUGGUGUCCCUCUCCACGGCGACCACGGAGGCUGUGCUGCCGGCUCCUCCUCAUCAGAGACCACGUCUGCGAAGAUGGUGGCCACACAAGAUGCUCUCACUCCCGCACCUGAACACACAAGCAAACACACACUCUCACACACACCCUCCACCGGCAGCGCUGCCCUCAGAGAAAACUUCCGGGAUGCCCAGGGGCGUCCUCUCUGGCCCUGGUGUCAGGGGGUUUCUGGGUGGUCUGUGGGGUCACUACAGGUCGCGGGGGAGUCAGAGGUCCCAGAGGUCAUUGCAGCAGCAGCCGUGGGCACGCGGCAAGCGUCGCUUCCCGUGUGGGUACUGUGAGAAGAGCUUCGACCGGUUGAGCCAUCUGGACCGGCACCGGCGCAUUCACACGGGAGAACGUCCCUACGGCUGCUCGGUCUGCGGGCGCCGCUUCACCCAGAAGAGCAGCCUGAAGGGGCACCUGCGCACACACAGAGGUUUCUCCGUGGAUGUGUCGGACAGCACUCCUGUCCUGGAGCGCCGGCUUUCUGAGGAAGACUGGGACUCCCAGUACGCAACCCCAGCGGAAAACAGCACACACCUGCCCACACAGUCCGAGGACAACACAGAUGCCACACUCACGGGAGACAGCCACAUGCUCUUCACACACACCCACGAACGCGACGCGCAUCUCACUGAGACGGCCCGAGUUGAGACACAUAAGCCUCGGCAGCAGCCACACGGGAGGACUCAACUUGGGGGACAGGUCGAGAGGCCGAGAGGGGCGGUGGAGAUGCAGCUCACACACACUCAGGACGGUGACCCGCAUCACCUCACCCAGUCAGAUGAUCUUAACGUUAAUGACUUACUUAACCAUGAGGCUAACUUGCAUCGCCGCGCUCACACGCAGCAUCUGACGCACAUCCAGGACUCAACUACGACUACCUCUGCUCUCACACACGCUCAGGACUUGGCCUCUACGCUCACACACGCUCAGGACUCGACCUCUGCGCUCACACACACUCAGGAGCCUAUGGGGUUUGGAGAGCUGCAGCUGGAGCUGAAGGCUGAGCGGGAGGAGGAGGAGGAGGAGGAGGAGGAGGAUCAGAGCAUCCACCAGGGGGCAGUAGAGUGUGCGUACAGAACAGGAGACCUGGGGCAGAUGGAGGAGUCUGGGGUAUCAGAACUGGAGUUUGGGGCAGUAGAAGAGAGUGACCCCCAAAUGUGGGCAAAUAGAGGGGUUGAAUCAUACUGUGCAAAUUCUAAUGGGCCAGAGGCAGAUGUGUCCAUGCAGCUGGGCCUGCCAUCAGUACCGCCCUCCUGGCCCGACCCAGGACGUCCCGCACACAUCAAGCAAGAAGAGGAAGCCUGUCCCCUGACACACCCGCUUUUGGACUCGCUGGCCAAUCCCGAGGCUUCCAUCACUACACGCGCCACAGCUCAACAGGACGCUAUGUCACCACUACACACGCACACCUUUGUUGUGAGAGCAGCCGGAGACCCGGAGGGGAGCCCGACCCACCAAUCGGUCCAACCCCCGUCGUCGCUGGCAACUGAUCAGGUGUCGCCGUCAUUGCUGUCGUCUCCUCGGGACAAGCGUCGCUUCCCGUGCACGCACUGCGGGAAGAGCUUCGACCGGCUGAGCCACCUGGACCGGCACCAGCGCAUCCACACGGGAGAACGUCCCUACGGCUGCCCCCUCUGCGGGCGCCGCUUCACCCAGAAGAGCAGCCUGAAGGGGCACCAGCGCACACACACGGGGGAGAGGCCCUACCGCUGCCCCAGCUGCUCACUCGCCUUCGCCACCUCCAGCGCACGCAACCGCCACCAGUGUGCCCCGCCUGGAAACAGGCUGGCAUACGCCUGGUGAAGAGUGUUCCCCGCAGAGAAACAGACUGGCAUACACUGGGUGAAUGAUAUGCCAAACUUUUCAACAGACUGGCAUACGCCUGGUGAAUAGUGUUCUCUGACGACAAACAGGCUGGCAUACGCCUGGUGAAUAAUGUGCCCAGUUCUGCAACAAACUGGCAUACGCCUGGUGAAUAGUGUUCUCCGACGAGAAACAGGCUGGCAUACACCUGGUGUAUAGUGUGCCCUGUCAAGCAAGAGCAUACUCCUGGGACCAACCCUGCAGAGAUGGGACUGAGUCCAGUCAGACACCCCAUAUUCAGCCCUUAUUUUGUUGUUUGUUAGGGGUGUCUGCAGUGGUUAUUGUUGCAUUCUGCAAAUGAUCCAUUUGGAACACAUGCACCUGUGGCCUGGCCGGGCAUGUCCGUCUAUUAAGUACAUGGGUAAGUGACAAACCUGGGUAAGGAAACACAGAGGAAGUGGUACGUUUACCUAAUAGAAGAGCCCUAUGACUUCCUUCUGGGAUAAUAUUUUCAACUUUAUGUCCUGGCAAAGGAUGUAAAGGUGCGUGUGUGUGUGUCUGUCUCUUUGGAGGGAGAAUUAAAGUUUUGUGUGUGUGUGUGUGUGUGUGUGUCUCUUUAGAGGGAGAAUUAAAGUUGUGUGUCUAGUUGAAUUUAAGGACAAAACAUAUCUGGGAUGACCACAGUAAAUACUUCCAGGUUCUGUAAAGUUUAUACAUUUCUAAAUGUACUCUUCUGUGUCAGUGACACUAGGAGACUGUAACAGAUGACUGUGGCAAGCUGCUGUAAGAAGCAGGCUGGAAACCUCUUUAAAGAUGUUCUUUUAUUUAACAGUGCCAAGAAGGCUGAAUUGACUGUUCCAUCAUACUGUAAUUUGCCUUGUCAAGUCUUAAUAAAGUCAUUGUUUGUGUUGA